AAAUGAUGCACUCAUAUUUUCAUUCAUGUAAAUCUUUGAGUUAAUCGAGCUCAGCGCACUGUAUUUACAAUGGCGUUCAGUCCGUUAAUCGGGGCUCGGAUGAAUCUGAUCACCAAAGCUGAGGUCAGAUAUGAAGGCAUCCUUGAACAUAUUGACGAAGAGGGCGAUACAGUGACGUUGUCGAACGUACAAUGUUUUGGAACUGAGAAACGGCGACUGGAUCAGAUCCUGCCUGCCAGCGAUAAAGUUCAUGAAUAUCUAACUUUUCGGAGGUCCCAGAUAAAGGAACUAUCAAAAUGCGACAUACCAGAGUUAUUUGACCCAGCAAUUGUUCAAUCUGGACCACCGCCAUCGAAAAGUCCCCACAUGCGAGCCAAAGCGGGAGGCGAGCCGAAGUUAACGCCCAAAAUUGAUAUAGCAGCCCAGAAUUUCCAUGCUGGACCUAUGAUGCGAGCAUCGUCUGCGGUCGAACAAUCUAAUGUGCUUGUUGGCCAUCCCAUGAACGGCAACGGACAACCAACCAGCUCAGUCAAUAAUUCCGAAUCAAGUUUCAAUAACCUGCACAUAAGUGAUGGUGGUAGCAAUAUCGUGCUCUCUCCUCCGGACCACGACCAGCAUCACCAGCUGGCGAAUGGUGCGAAUAAUCUGCAGCACCAGCAGUCUCAGCAAAACGGUAUGAGGCCUGCACCGGGACCCACCCCACACUCACAGACCAGGGGCUCCUCGCCCUCAAUUCCGAGCACUGCCAGCUUCGACCAGUCGUCCCAUGGAGGAGGGGGAGCUCUCAAUGGCAAUCUUGGCUUGAGCGACGAAAGUUUUCCGCUUGGGCGAAGCGUGAGUCGAGGUGCUGCAGCUGUGCCCGCUGAUAUAGACCAAGACAUUUACGUAGACGUCAAUAUGCCCCCUAAUGCUGCAAGCAGACCCAUCAGUGGGGCUAGUGCGUUAACACCACACAGUCAACAUUCUCGUCCGGGUACAUCAGCUAUGCAACCCGUAGAACACGAUGACGGACUCUACAAUCAAAUUGGAUCCCCGUCAAGUAACAAUUUGGACCUGGCCGCUUCUGGACAAGGCGACGGGUACUAUGAGCUGGAUUCAACCCGUUCUGUGUCUCGUUCAGUGUUGACCACGUUUCAAUCUCUUAACACCGAUUGUAGAAACUCACACGCACAAGCAUCCCAGCAGCAUAUUAGUAGGCAGUCGCGCCAUGUUAACCCUAUGCAUCCUACAGAGGUUGUAUCACAUACCUUGGACCGAGUACCUCAACGUGGAGAUGUGAACAGUAGCUUUCAUGUGAACAACAACAACAAUCAGAUCCCGCCUUCAAAAUCCUACCAGUAUUAUCAUAAAGUGACGCCCUCUGGGUCUCACAACUCGGAUCUGAGACGGUCUCCGUCGCCCGACUACGUCGAGUACAACCCGAACCGAUUUAGUUUCGUUUCAGAGCGAGUGCAGUCCCACUCGGAUACACUGAAUAGAAUGCGCUAUGCACAGGCCCCCGGAGGACCUACAUACCAGGCCAGACGGAAACCCCUAGAGGACUACUACAAAGAGGACUCGAGUGAAGGCGAGGAUGAACUGUACGAGAGUGAGAAGCCGAGGCCUGGCAUCGAAACAAUGGUGCCCCAGGACGGGGAGCAAGUCUCUGUGUCGCACGACCCUGACGUUCCCGACAGUCUAGAAGGUGCUUUGCACUACUUUGGCACCAAAUGUGCCAGACUAAACUGCAUCAGCCAAAUAGAAAAAAGCGGCAAAAUAUACAAGCAGCUCAACUACGGGACCCUGUUUUCUAAAGCGGAACAAAUCGCUGUCCAUUUAACUCAAACCACAAGAAGACUCCCAAAUCCUCUUUUGAAACCCGGUGACAGAGUUGCUCUCGUUUUUCCAAACUGGGAACCAAGUCAGUUUAUGUGUGCAUUCUACGGUUGUCAGAUGGCAGGAGUAAUCCCUGUUCCCUGCGACGUUCCAGUGUCCAAAGCUGACGUCGGAUCUGAUGAUGUUGGCUUCAUGCUCCAGAACUGUAACAUAACUGUUGCACUAACAACCAGUGCCUGCAUGAAGAACUUCCCAAAAGACAUUGACGGAGAAAUUGCACACUUUAAAAAUUGGCCUCGUCUAACGUGGGUUCCAACUGACAAAAUUAAAACGGGAGUGCCCAGAGGCUGGAGCAGCACAGGAGCACGCGCACAAGCCAAAGAGAUCAGAGAGGCCUACAUAGAACUGACCACUGACUCGCACGGCGUGAACAAAGGGGUGUUGGUGUGCAAACCUGCAGUAGAUGCACACUGUGAGAAGUUGAGGUACUGUUGCAACUACCAGAGGGGAGAGACGAUUGUGUGUAUUCCGGACUUCAGAAGAGACGUGGGGCUGUGGCACGGAGUGUUGGCCACUGUGUUCACGGGCAUGCAUGUCAUUUUUAUUCCAUACUCACUCAUGAAGCAGGAUCCAAUGCAAUGGCUCUAUGUAACGCAGAAGAAUAAAGCAUCGAGUGCAAUAGUUAAGAGCAGGGACCUGCAUUGGGCGACUGCGCAGGUGAGUCAGAUGGCGACUAACCAGUCCCAAAUAGACCUGCGCUUCCUGAAGCUGCUCUUGAUGACAGACGGAAGCAACCCCUGGGCAGUAAGCAUCUGCGACUCAUUCAGCAACCUGUUCAAGGCCAGAUGCGGCUUCAGACCAGAGGUGCUGUGCCCUUGUGCUACAUCUACGGAGGCGAUGACAGUCUCCAUCAGGCGUCCUAACUCUGAACAGCCGGGCAGGGGCUGUCUGAACAUCCGUGCUCUGAGCUAUGGAGUGGUCAAGAUAGAGUCCACGACUGACGACGGAGCUACUGUUCUCACUCUUCAAGACUCCGGUUUCAUUAUGCCCACUUCGUCAAUUGCAGUUAUCAAACCCCGAGUGGCACACAACUGGAAAGGCAAAGAGACAUACAGGCCAUACCUAUGUAAGAUAGACGAAGUGGGCGAAAUAUGUCUGGCAUCCCAGGCCACAGCACAGGGAUACUGGAACUUCAACGGGUUCACAAAUAAUACAUUCAAGGUCGAACCUUUGAGUGAUGACGGGCGGCCAAUCAGAAGCGAGUAUUAUGUCCGAACUGGACUCCUGGGUUUCCUUGGUCCUAGUAAUCUGGUAUUCAUUGUCGGCAAAACGGACAAUGUUCUUUUUGUGGACGGUCGUAUGCAUAACUCGGAUGACAUUGUUGCAACUAUCUUGGGAGUGGACCCGCCGAACUUUGUUUUCCGCGGCCGAGUGGUGGCUUUUACGAUUGAAGUAAAACGGAGGAAUAAAAUUGUGGUCGUUUGUGAGCAGAGAAAUUACCCAGCGGGAGAAAACGAUGACACCGAAAGUCAAGCCUGGAUGCAAAAUGUAGUCCAAUUGAUUCCUAGGAUCCACGGUAUCGACCUGUACUGCCUAGCAUUGCUACCCAGAAACGGAAUACCCAAAACAGAUCUGAGUGGGUUAAAUUUAAACGAAACUAAAAAGCGAUUCCUGCAAGGCCGCCUGAACCCAUGUAAUGUGUUAAUGCAGCCGAUGGCCUGCGUCAGAAACUUGAAACCUCCGAAAGCUGAAAUGAAUCAAGACUCGGGUGAACCCUUCAGUAUGUUGGUAGGAGGUGACCCGAUGGGAAUCCCGGCUCACGGGUUGCAAGGAACAGGAGAAAUGAGCGACGAUAACCCCAGUAUGCAAUAUGUUCACGAGGUGCUAAAAUGGCGAGGAGCUGACGAGCAGAACAACAGCCGACUAUUUACGCUGAUGAACUCAAAAGCGAUUCCCAUUUGUCAGAUGGAUGCAAUCACGCUUAAGAAGCGAGCGGAACGUCUGGCCAUGCUAGUCAAAGCCAGGUGUCCGAACCCUGGAUCGCACGUAGCCGUGCUAUACCCGGCGGGCCUGGAGCUAAUUAUAGGCCUAUACGCAGUAUUAUAUGCUGGAUGUAUUCCAGUAUUAUUAAGAGCCCCACCUUCUUUGCAUAUUAGCACUGGAAGUGGAGGAACAGCAGAGCAUGCAGAGAAGUUCUUGUCGACUGUGAAAGUGCUGGUGGCCGCUUCAAAAGUGGUCGCCAUCGUCACAAGCUCGCACCUAGUCAGAUCCCUCAAAAAUUCAAAGGAAAUCCGAGGAGCGAAGCCUCUACCUCCUCUGAUCAACGCAGACGAGACUAUGCGUGGGAGGGUGCAACUGGAAAACUACCUGCCAAAAGACGGGCCAGGAUCCACCUGCUAUCUGGACCUGUCAGUCUCCGCACAGGGUAUACUGCAAGGAGUGGAAGUGAGCCAUGCACAGUUGGCUGCGUGCUGUAGGUCCAUGAAACGCGCUCUGGAACUGUAUCCGUCCAGAAAGCUGGUGCUGUGCUUGGAACCGUUCUCUGGUAUGAGUCUAGUGCUCUGGUGUUUUCUAUCCGUCUUCACUGGACACGAGACUGUGCUCAUUUCACCCCAGGAGAUGGAGAUGAACCCAGCAGUCUGGUUCAGCACUCUCAGUCAGCACUCGGCAAGAGAUACCUUCGUGUCAUCCUCAGUCAUCCAGACAUGUGUGGCCCAGUUGCACAAACAAGUAGAGCUCCUCAAAGGACGAGGCAUCAACCUCAACUCUUUAAGGAACUGCGUCAUAGUCACCGAAGAACGACCAAGAGCCUCAUUUAUAUCCCAGUUUCUCCUUCUAUUCAAGCCUCUAGGCCUCAACGACAAAGUGCUAGCGUCCGCUUUUGGAUGCAGAGUUAACCCUGCUGUCUGUUUCCACUGCAAUGGACUUUCCACUGACACUUCUGCUGUGUUUGUAUCGAAAGAAGCAUUGCGAUUUGACAGAGUGGAGGUGGUUGCGAAGGGAGCCCCUGGAAGUCUGAAGUUGAUCGAGAGUGCUACUAUCCUGCCUGGAGUGAAAAUCGUCAUUGCUAAUCCAUACACCCUGCAACAAUGUCCAGAUCUUCGAUUGGGAGAGAUCUGGGUGAGCUCACAGCACAACGUGGCCAAGUUCUUCACAGACACUCCAGUGGGCAGUCCAGGUAGUCAGCUGAACGCCAGACUGGACACUGGGGAUGUUGCCAGGGACAGUCUCACAUUCGCACGCACUGGGUACCUCGGCUUCAUACGACGCACAGAAUACACACACGCCGACGGAGAGCGUCAUGACGCGCUGUACGUGGUGGGAUCGAUGGCCGAGAAGAUUCCUGUGAGGCAGGGAGUGUACUACCCCUCGGACAUAGAAGACACAGUGAAGAGAUGCUGUCCCAAUCUAGUCUCUGAAAGUGCCGUGUUUUCUUAUUCGGACAUGUUGGUGGUGGUGGCCGAGAUUAGUGCUCACGAGACAGAGGCACUGAACGCCAUCCCCCUCAUUGUGAAUGCAGUGAUAGAGGAGCACAAUCUCAUAGUGGGUGUGGUAGUCCUCACAGACCCCUGCAUCAUUCCCUUCAACCCCAGAGGAGAGAAACAGAGAAUGACCUUGAGAGAUAGCUUCAUAUCUGACGAAUUCAUGCCCAUCUAUGUCGCAUACAACCUGUAACGCCGCCCCCCUAUCGGUCGAAACUAACACUCCCUUUGAUUGGAUGCAUUUUAAAUCCGAAGUCAUAAGAUCCGCUGCCAGUCCACAGAUACGCCCUCUUUUUGAUCGGAUUUAACCAUCUAAGCUAGAUGAUAUUUAAUUCACGAAACAGCAGUCGACUCAAAUAAUUACUCAAAUUGUUCAAAACUUGUCAACAGGUCGAGGUUUCUCUCGCUUCCUCAUAGGUCUGAUUUUGUCCCAAGAUAUAAAUUGAGUUGAAGAGAGGACUCGCUACAAUUAUUCGAUGUUGCAGCUUGUUGAAGUUAUGUUUUGCUCGUAUUUUUGCGUCAUCUUUGCGGUCAUAAAUAUAGUUUCAAUUGCAUUGCAUGCUAUUUGUUUAUCCAAUUUGAUUCUUUAAAUGCUGGUAUGGCCUGCUAGUAAAAAUCAUGGACAAAUUUAAUGAAAAAACAAUUUUUGAUCGAUUAAGAUGAAUGAUUGUCACAAUAGAUUCAUUGCUAUUUUUCUUCUGCAUUGCUCCCCUGUCUGUUUUCGCAAAUUAGAGUUAUUCGAUAGUUUUUACAAUUUAAAUUUUAAUGUGUUUUUACAUGGUGGAUUUAGCCGUUUGCAGUAAAUUUGGGUCCAUCUCUUUGCCAAAAAUCAAAUUGAAUUUCUCACUUUUUCGACAGACAGAUGGUCUCAUUCGAAUAUAAUUAAAUUAUUAUGUUUUUGUAGUAAAAUUUCUA